AUGUCUGAGGAAGCUGUGUUAGAAUUUCUCGAGAAGAAUGAGGAAAUAUCGGAUUCUGGAAAGUUUGCCGAGGAGAAAGGCAUUAGCCACGAAGAGAUCGUUAACAUCAUCAAAAGCCUCAAUGGAUUUUGUCUCGUUGAUGCGCAGGAUAUUAAGAGGGAAAGGUGGGUGCUCACCCAGGAAGGGGAACUGUAUUCUAAAUAUGGAUCUCCUGAAGUACUUCUCUUUUCUGCUGUCCCACCGGAGGGCAUCGCCCGCGAAGAAUUGCAGAAAUCUUUUGCAUCAAGAUUGCCAAAUGAUAUCGAUAUCGACCGUGUCGAUGACAGGGUAAAGAAUUUGCUUAUACAAAUCCAUAGUGGUGAGGGAGUCAGAGCGGAGGAUAUUGAUGCUCUCAAAAAGAGAAAGCUUAUUAGUUCCCAGAUUUGGAAAGGCUAUCAGUGA